GGGGGAGCGGGGGGGAGACGGGAGGGGGCGGUGGGAGGAUUUAGCGCCAGCAGCGUCUUUUUGCGUCCAACACAACAAGCUCAUUAUCGAGCUGUGCGCGCCUGGAGACGGAUUUACGCACCGAGCAGAAGGAGGAGUUUGGAGGACUAGUAGGAUGCUGAGUGCGUUUCCUCCUCGCCACUGCUCUCCAUGACCUGAGAGCGCUGCCGCACAGGAGGAACCCAGCCCCAGAAAGUCACAGAGGAAGAGGAAGGAAGAAGGUCAAGGAAGGAAGUUCAGCUCUGAUUACUGUUUUCCCUUUCUGAGAUGGCGGCGACUGAGGUCAGUGCGGCGCCAGUGGUCCAGGAAGAUGGGAAAACCCCAGAAAGCAAGCCAGCCGAGGUGGAGCAGCCGGUCCAAACCGCAAACGCAGAGACUGUCGGCAGCGAAGUGGUGGAGAACGACGGUUCGGCGGUCAACAGCGAGGCGACGGAAAACCAAGAGACUGUGAACAAUGACGCAGCCGCAGCCGAGGAGGCCAGCGGUGAAGAGGAAGGAGCAGCAGCAGGUGGGGAGGCGAUUCCUCCUCAGAGCUCAGAAAGCACCUCUUCCACCGAGACCAAGACCUCCUUCCUAGACUCCUUCCUCAACAAGAGCGGCCUGGGGAAGGUGAUGGCAGGCAGGAAGAAGAAGGAACACGCCGCGGCCACAGGGGGAGCUGAGGAAGCCGCCGAGAAGGACGGAGAAAAAGCAGGAGAGGAAGGAGCGGAGGCCGAAGGAGGAGCAGAGGGACAGGCGGCAAUGGACAAGCCUGCAGAGAACGGAGAGAAGGAGGAGGAGAAGAAGAGCAAAACUGCAGAGACCAAAUCCACCGUCCGCAAUCUGAUCCGGAAGCCCGUGGCGAGGAUCUUCUCCCAUCGCAGCACCGAGAAGAAGGAUGGUGGCGCGGCGGAGCCCGAGAAGCAGGUCAAAGUCCGGUCUCGGUCCCUGGACCACCUGGAGGACCCAGAAGCGCUCAACGCCAUGGCGGACGCCCCGGCGGAGGAGGGCGGAGCGGCGGCAGGAGCAGAGGGAGAGCAGAAAGCUUCGUCCUCGACUACCAAGCACAUGAAGCGCUGGCACUCCUUCAAGAAGCUCAUGGCUCAGAAGACACACAAAAAGAGUGGCGGCGGCGAGGAUGGGAAGGAGGAGGGAGCAGAGGGAGAAGCAGGAGGCGGAGACUCCUCCACCCUGGACUCCAAGGAGUCUGGUCACAAACGUUGGAAGCUGAAACGCUCCUGGACCUUCCAGGGUCUGAAGAGGGACUCGUCCGUGGUGGGCAUCAGCGCCAAGGCCAAGGGCUCGGACAAAGAGUCUGCCGACAAAACAGAGGAGGGCGCAGGGGAAGGAGAAGAAGAAGAGGAGGGGAAGGCUGAGGCAGGAGCCGAGGAAGCGAAGACGGAGGAGGAGAAGGCCGAGGGAGGCGAGGAGGAGAAGGUGGCGGGAGCCGGGACAGUGACGCAACACGCCAACGAGAUCUGGACCUCCUUCAAGAAGCGUGUCAUCCCCAAGAGCAAACGGGCCAACACAGAGUGCGUCCCUACUGGUGAGGAGGACGCCACUGCAGCCUCUGGUGAGGAAGCAGCCGCAGAGGAAGGUAAAUCAGCCAAGGCCAAGCGUUCCCACUUUGGCCGUGCCGUUUCCCUGAAGAACUUCAUCAUGCGGAAGGGCAAGUCCAGCAGCGUGGACCACGGCGAAGGCGCCAAGGAGGAGGAGGAGGAGCAAGAGGCCGCCGAAGGAGUAGACGCCUCAGAGGAGGGCGGCGCUGACGGUGAGGCCGCCGCAGCGACCCAGGAGAGCAACGACAAAGAGGCCGAGGAGAAGACUGCGGAGAGUGGAGGCGAGGCAGUGGAGGAGCCGGAGAAGACGCCGGUGGAAGCGGCGGAGACCAACGGUGAGACGGGCUGCUCCAACGGCAUGGCGGAGGAGAACGUCACCGAGAACCACCAGGAGGAGGAGGAGCAGAUGAAGAACAGCAGCCCCAUGAAGAAGAGCAAGGAGGGCGUGAAGGACGACGCCAACGCCAAGAUCAUCAACGCCACAGCGGCUGUGAACAGCGACAAAAAGGCGGGAAACGUGUGAGGCCAAACAAAGAGGAUUAAAACUGCCCGGGAUUCGCUGAGCAAGGAGCUCUGAGCCCCGCCCCCAACUCUUCCUCCUCCUCCUCCUCCCUCCAUCCCUCCUCUUCCUCCCGAAUAAUCGGAGCAAUCACGUAAACAGAUCACCACGGUGAGAGACAGUCGGAGCGAAUGAGAGGGAUGCAAUUCAUGUAGAUGAGAAGUAAAAAUACUUCCUCAGAAAGCAAUAAUUCACCCACCUUCAUCCGUCCAUCUCCCUCCGCCCGGGUCAUGCAGACUAAACGUGCAUCCUGUUUUUUUAACUUUUUCUUUGCUUGUCUGUGAGAUUUUAUAAUGUCUACGAGAGAAAAGAAAACGCAGAAAUGUAAAAAACCCUCCUUUAGCUCCUCCCCACCUCAAUCACUGCCGACGUCUGAUUGGUGGAUUUAAAUGUGAAGGAAACAAAAAACAAAAGAAGAAAAAAGACUCUUAGUUUUAUAUUGACGACCAUUUUUAUUUGUAGUCCCCUCCCUCAGCCCCAGUCUUCCCAUUGCUCCCAGUAGAUGAGGACUGCCCCCCACCACUGCACCGUCUUCAGCUCUGUGUGUUUAAUGUUUUAGACUGUUUUAUUGUGUAUAUGGAAUAAAAAGAAAAGUAAAACAGCUUUGAUUACUAAAGUCAAAAUGUUUCUUUCUUCUUGUUUUCCUGUUUGGUUUUUGAUUCUUUGUUUUUUAAAAUGCCAUCUUCUCACUGUUACAUCUGACAAGAUGCUGUAAUUAAUAAAACAAUAAAAAGCAACAAUAAUAAUGAUAACGAUGAUAAUGUUUUGUUGGUCCAAGUUUUCACAUGUCUGCUAGCAAAUUGUCAAGAAAAAGAUAGAAAAAUAAAGACUAAAAUCUAACAACUAAA